AUGAUUAGUAUCGAUGGACUCCGGUGGAACGCUCCUCGCGGCCUCCUCGCCGCCUCCUCGCUCCUCGCUCCUCGCCGCCUCCUCGCCGCUCCUCGCUCCUCGCCGCCUCCUCGCUCCUCGCUCCUCGCCGCCUCCUCGCUCCUCGCUCGCUCCACGCCGCCUCCAAACGCGCGUCCAUCUCCAACGCUCAGAAGAUUCCGGAUUAAACAUGACGAGUCGAGUCGAAGUAACUCUUCGUGGCGAGCGGGGCCGUGUGUGGAGUGCGGUUGCCAUGGCGACGUGGCGCUCUGUACCGACGCCGUGUGCCCGAACCCGCGGUGCGACUUCCAGAGGGGUGAGCGUUUGAGAAUUCCUGCCAACAAGUGCUGCCCUGAAUGCAUCUCGUCCCAGGGCUCGUGUCAGUACGAGGGCGUCACCUACGGGGCGGGCUCCGUGUGGCAGCCGUCUCCCUGCUCCCAGUGCCUCUGUUCCGGGCUCGGCGUCUCGUGCUCGGCCCUGUCCUGUCCCCCUCUGGACUGUCCCCUGGAUCACAGAGAGUUCACCCCCGAGGGAGAGUGCUGUCCCCAGUGUGUGCGCGACGGAGCCUCGUGUUUGUGGGACGAGCGACGGCUCCGCGACGGCGAGCGGCUCCAGUCCGGACUCUGCUCCAGGUGCUCGUGCUCCGACGGGGAGGUGCAGUGUUCCGUGGCCGAGUGCCCCUCCGUCUCCUGCAAAACGCACGGGGAGCAGUGGCAGAAGGACCCGUGCACCACCUGUGUGUGUGACAGGGGACAGUCCAGGUGCCACAGCCGCACCUGCCCUCCCCUCACCUGUCAGAAGGGUCAGACUGGAGUUCGACGCCCGGGUCAGUGCUGUGAGGAGUGUGUCUGGCCCAAAGGCAGCUGUCUGUACGAGGGGACCGUACGUUACCAUGGCGACAUGUGGAACGGCUCGGGCUGCGAGUUCUGCUCCUGUAACAGAGGCCAGGUGCUGUGCCAGAGAGCGGAGUGCGAGGAGGUCCACUGUCCGCAGGAGAGUCAGAGUCAUUUUGUUCCGGGGGUCUGCUGCCCAGUGUGUUCAUCUGAAAAACCAGGAUGUGUGCACCACGGAAAGAACUACAAGGCCCUGUCCCGUUGGUCGGAGGGUCCGUGUCGUGAGUGUGCGUGUGCAGACGGUCAUGUGACGUGUUACGUGCGCUCCUGCCCCACGUGCACGCCCGGGCUCCUGUCUGUCACUCAGGAGGGACACUGCUGCCCCAGAUGCCAACAGGUGCGGUGUCACUCGGAGUGCUCCACCUGCUCUGGGAGUCCUGACCACUGUGACAGCUGCUCCGACCCAAACUCUGUGCUCCACCUGGGCCGCUGCCUGCCCCACUGCCCCCCCGGCUUCUACCAGGACCAGCACGUCUGCAAACUGCGGUGUCACUCGGAGUGCUCCACCUGCUCUGGGAGUCCUGACCACUGUGACAGCUGCUCCGACCCAAACUCUGUGCUCCACCUGGGCCGCUGCCUGCCCCACUGCCCCCCCGGCUUCUACCAGGACCAGCACGUCUGCAAACUCAAGACCGAGAGACCGAGUGGCUUCGAGACCGACACGAGUCCGAGUCCGAGCGGCUUCGAGUCCGACACGAGACCGAGUCCGAGCGGCUUCGAGACCGAGACGAGACCGAGUCAGAGCGGCUUCGAGUCCGAGACGAGACCGAGUCCGAGCGGCUUCGAGACCGACACGAGACUGAGUCCGAGUGGCUUCGAGUCCGAGACGAGUCCGAGACCGAGCGGCUUCGAGGCCGACACGAGUCCGACCUGCGCUCCGUCCUGCCUCUCCUGCUCGGGCCCGUCUCAGUGUGACUCGUGUGGACCGCAGGGGGCGCUGCUGAGCCCCGACCGACUCCAGUGUGUGUCCGUGUGUCCGUCUGGAUCCUACCAACACGACCACGCGCACUGCAAAGAGUGUCACACUUCCUGCUCCGAGUGUCGUGGUCCGUCUGAAGACCAGUGUGUGUCCUGCUCCCGCCUCACCCCCCUCCUCCACCAGGGGCGCUGUGUGUCCCACUGCCAGACCGGAUACUACGCACGAGAAAACACCUGCCACGCCUGCGACUCGUCCUGUGAGUCCUGCUUCCCGGACAAACCUCUCUGCACCGGCUGUCCCCCGGGAGCCGCACUGCAUCAUGGGAAAUGUAUUUCCGAGUGUCCGCCGCGCCACUACAAGGACGGCCACGGCAGAUGCAGAGAGUGUGACGGUUCUUGCGCCUCCUGCUGGGGUCCGUCGGUGGCUCAUUGUUCCGUUUGUUCCGGUGAACUUCUGCUGCACCAGGGACAAUGUGUGAAGACGUGUGGAGACGGACUGUACCCCCACCAACAGACCUGCCACAAUUGUCACCCCUCGUGCCGCUCGUGCGUGGGACCUCUGGCCUCGGACUGCGUGAUCUGUCUCAAACCCGACCUGGUCCUGGUUCCUCAGUAUCCGAGCUCCCGACACGGAGUCUGCGCCGACAAGUGUCCCAAGUACAGCUACACGGACCCCGACGACGUGUGCAGAGAGUGUGACUCAUCGUGUCUUCAGUGCACCGGGCCCUCCGCCGACUCCUGCGUCUCCUGCCCGUCUCUCAGCUCUCUGCUCGGGGGUCGCUGUGUGCCCCGGUGUCCGGAAGGAGGCUACAGCGAGGAGGGGGUCUGCCAAGACUGUCACCCCUCGUGCCUGUCGUGCUCGGGCCCCUCUCAGGCCGACUGCUCCUCGUGUCCCCCGGGGGCCGCUCUGCUCGGAGGUUUCUGCAGGACGAGCUGUGGAGAGGGGCAGUACCUCAGCCCCACCACCGGGGGCUGCACCAAAUGCAGUGCGGACUGUCAGCGCUGCACGGCAGACCUCCGGGCAGCAGGGGGCAGUGUGUGUCUCUGGUGUAAAGCGCCCAGGACUCUGCUGUUGGGAGACCACUGCGUUUCCGAGUGUCCUGUGGGACACUUCGGGCGACACGGAGCCUGUGUGGAAUGCCACUCGUCCUGUGGAUCCUGCAGUGGGGCGGGGCCUCUGUCCUGCACUUCCUGUCCCGCCCCCUUCGUCCUUUUAAGGUCGGGUCAGUGCGCUCCUUCCUGUCCACGAGGCUUCUACCAGGACGCACAGCGGACCUGCCUCGAGUGCGACCCCCAGUGCCUCACGUGCACGGCCCCGGGAGCGUGCACGGCGUGUCUGGACCCAAACAAAGUCCUGCAGUUCGGCGAGUGUCAGUACGAGAGCUGCGCCCACCAGUACUACCUCAACACCACCACCCGCACCUGUCAAGAGUGUGACUGGAGCUGUAACUCCUGCAGAGGCCCCAGGAACACAGACUGUGUACAGUGUAUGGACGGACACGUACUACAACACGGACUGUGUACACAGCACUGCAGUACUGGAUACUACAGAGAGGGGGAGCACUGCCAAGCGUGUGACUCAGACUGUGACCAGUGUCUGGGUCCGUCUCUCUGUCAGCUCUGUGCGUCUCCUCUUGUGGCUCUCAGGGGCCUCUGUGUGGAGCAGUGUGGGCCCCUGUACUACCUGGACCCCGACGCUCGAGUCUGCAAACCCUGCUCGUCGGACUGUGAGGCGUGCGAGGGCCUGGGCCAGUGCACCGUCUGUGCUCAGGGCAGCUUCCUCAUCCAGGGAUACUGCACCCCCGACUGUGGCCACGGUUUCUACGGCGACGCCAACACCAGGACCUGCCACGUGAACGUGCUCCCUCCCCGGCUGCUCGUGAACGGCUCCCUCCUGGUUCCUCUGGGCGGGACGGCGCCGCUGCCUCCGUCCCUGCUCGGGGUGUCGGACCGGGACAGCGCCCCCCGUCUGCUGCGCUUCGAGCUGCGGUCGUCCCCCUCCAACGGGCGUCUGUACCUGCGGACGGGAGCCGAGGAGAAGGAGCUGAGGCCCGGAGACGAGUUCAGCCCGGAGCAGCUCAGCGCGGGACGGGUUCUGUUCAGACACGAGCCCGACAAAUCCAGGUGUUCUCGUGUAAACAGACUCUCAGCGUUGUACCUGAACACGUUCAUAUUUUGGGAGAAUGUGAACUGUGAGCGUGUUCAUUCUGUGUCUGUGAACAACAUGCUCUUCUAUUUGACUCGGGUUCCAGAUUUCUUUAGUGUCCCAGAGGAAAACCUGGCUAAGCAGGCGGCUCCUCGGGUCCUGACCCUCUCUCCUCUGGCGGUGGAAGGUCCCGGAGCCGCGGCGUCGCUCUCCAGGUCCGUCCUCCACGUCGAAGACCCCGACAACGCGGCCGACGUCCUGGUGAUGGUCCUGGAACCUCCCCAGCACGGCCGCCUGACCCGCCUCCACGCCGACCGCGCCCUCAACCGCUUCAAACUGGACGAACUGUGGCGGCGGCAGGUCCAGUACCUGCACGACGGGUCCGACUCCGCCCACGACAGUGCGGUUCUGCAGAUCAACGACGGCCACAACUACAAGAACGUGCUGCUCAGGAUCGAUAUUCACCAGAAGGCUGCAGACUCUCCCCAGGCCCACGCCGUCCCUCUGGCCUGGGUGAAGGAGGGCGGGAUGGUGCGUCUGGACAGAAAGUACCUCCACGUGGAGUUUAAAGGCGUGCGCUCCGAGGACACGGUGUACACCAUCCUGUCUGCGCACGGACGGCCCACGCACGGCGACGUGGUCUUGGCCUCCAUGCCGGCAGACUCCCCCCCGGACCCCCCCACGUCCCGGGACUCGGGCUUCACCCCCACGUCGUCCUUCACCCAGCAGGACGUGAACGAUGGAGCCGUGUGGUACAGGCACCGCGGGGCCGGCACCUCCACCGACUCUUUCCAAUUCAAGGUCUCCGCAGACUCGGGGCCGCAGUUCCAGAGUGACCCUCAGACCUUCACCAUCGGGGUCCUGCCUCAGCUGCCCGGGUUCCCUCAGCUCUCCCCGGACUGCGAGCUCCAGAUCACGGCUCUGGAGGACAGGGUCACCGAGAUCACCCCCGCCGCGCUCUCUUUUGUCGAUUCGGAAACGCCCAGUGACAAACUCAUCUACAACAUCACCAAACCUCUCCCCGCUGAACACGGAGUCCUGGAGCAUCGUGACAGACCUUCCUCCCACGUGUCUCAGUUCAGUCAGGCCGACGUGGACAAGGGCUUGAUCAUCUACAGACCUCCACACGCCCCUUCACACCUGCAGGAGCUCUACACUUACUCCUUCACUGGGCUGCCGGAGUCUCUCAGCAUCUACUUCACAGUGUCGGACGGCGAGCACACGACUCCAGAGAUGGACUUCGCCAUCCUGGUCCUGUCCAACCACCAGCAGCCGCCCGUGUUCCAGGUGCUGGACCCUCUGGUGGAGGUCAGCGUGGGGGGCCAGGCCACCAUCGGAGGGCAGCAGUUGGCCGUGAGCGACGCCGACACUGCUCCCGACGAGCUGGAGUUUGAGCUGAGCGAGGCCCCGGAGCACGGAGACCUGAUCAGGACAGACACACGGCAGAAGAUGAACAAAGGUGACGUCUUCUCCUUCGCCGACGUCACUCGCGGCGUGCUUCUCUACCGUCACGGCGGCGGCGUCUCGCACCUCGAGGACCGCGUCGCCGUCUCCGUGAGCGACGGCAUCUCCAUGGCGACGGCGGUGGUGACGGUGGCCGUGCUGGGCGCCGGGGGCGACGGGCCGGAGCCGGACCCGGGGGCGGCGCUGUCCCUGCAGGUGACGGAGAGGAGCAGCACCGUGAUCCGACGCGGCCACCUCGCCUACACCGACGACGUGUCUCCGGACGGUGAGAUCCGGAUGCAGCUGGUGUCCGUGCCCAUGUACGGGAUCCUGACGCGCUCCGAGGACCAGCACAAGCACCAGGAGCUCCAGGAAUACUCCUCCUUCACCAUGGACGACAUCAACAAACAGCGCAUCAGGUACAUCACAUCUGUGGAGACCGGGAGCCAGCCCAUCACCGACAUCUUCCACUUCACGGUUUACGACGGAGACAACAAUCGCCUCGACAACCAGAUGUGCACCAUCACCAUCAGCUCGGCCCUGCGGCGCCCCCCGGAGGUCACCGUGCGCCCCGGCAUCCAGGUGGAGGAGGGCGGCAGAGUGCAGCUGUCCACGGCCCACAUCACCGUCACGGACCAGGACACGCCCAGGAAGGAGCUGCUGGUGUGGCUCGUCACCGCGCCCAAGUACGGCUUCAUCGAGAACACCAGACCAGGAGGUUCAGUCGGGGGUUCCAGGGUCAUCACUCCCGACGUUCCUUUUUCCGUGGACGACCUGGUUCACGAACGCAUCUUCUACGUCCAGGACAAAAAGCACAAAACUCAAGAGAAAAAAGACAUCUUCAGUUUCUACAUCAGCAACGGCCACAGUCAGACCGAGGCCUUCAACGUGGAGAUCGACAUACAGACUAAAGCCGCCCUGGAGCCGGUGGUGUCCGUGAGCAGCAUCCACGUGGAGGAAAACUCGGGCGUGGUCAUCACAAACUCCUCCCUGAGCGUGAAGGACAGAGACACGCCGGAGAACGAGAUCAUCUUCACCAUCAUACGCAAGCCCUCCUACGGGAAACUGCGCAGGCGUCAGUUCUACUCCCAGCCUCUAGAGAGCGGUAAAGUUCUGUCUCAGGGCUCCACCUUCACGUACCAGGACGUGCUGGACCGGCUGCUGGUGUACACGCCCGACUCGACCAGCGGGGGCGCCGACGAGCUGGGCUUCACGCUCACAGACGGAGUCCACACGCACACGGGACGACUCCACUUCACCAUGGAGGUCCUGCGCAGCGAGGGGCCCCGGAUGACCGUCAACAGAGGACUGCAGCUGCCCGCAGGCACGUCUUCUAAAAUCACGGAGCAGAACUUGAAGGGCACGGAUAUCGAUUCGGACGACGUGAAGCUGAGGUACGUCCUGACCAAAGAGCCGGCCGGCGGGAGACUUCUGCUGAACCAGGAAAAGCUCUCUGUGAAGGGGCCCGUCAACGGAUUCACCCAGGAACAAGUCAACAAAGGCCUGGUGCAGUUCAGCCACGAGAAGUCGGAGAAAGGAGGGAGUCUGUCCUUCAAGUUCAACCUGGUGGAUCCCGAAGGCAACAAGCUCAUCGACCAGUCCUUCUACAUCAGCGUUCUGGAGGACCGUCUCCCUCCGUCUGUGGAGGUGAACAAAGGCCUGGUCCUGGAUGAAAACACCAUGAAGAAGAUCACGACCCUGCAGCUCUCGGCCAGCGACCAGGACAGCGAACCGGCCGAGCUGCUCUUCACCGUCACCAAGGAGCCGGCGUUAGGGCAUCUGGAGCACGUCAACAACCCAGGCUCCAGGAUCAGCUCGUUCACUCAGGCUGAUCUGGCGUCUCGGAGCGUCCAGUACGUCCACACCAGCGAAGAGGAGAAACACGCCGACCAGUUCUCCUUCACCGUAUCCGACGGCAACAACGAGGUGGCCCAGACCUUCUACAUCACGAUCAAACCGGUGGACGACUCUCUGCCUCUGCUCUCCGUCCCCGGGAUGAGAGUCCAGGAGGGAGUGAGGAAAACCAUCACCGAGUUUGAGCUGAAGGCCACGGACGCAGACACAGAGGCGGAGUCGCUCGUCUUCACCGUGGUGCAGCCGCCUCGUCACGGCACCAUCGAGCGAACGCACAACGGCCAGAGCUACCGCCAGACCAGCUCCUUCACCAUGGACGACAUCUACCAGAACCGGAUCAGCUACAACCACGACGGCUCCAACUCCCUCAAAGACCGAUUCAGCUUCAGCCUCUCCGACUCCACCAACCUGCUCUUCAUGGUGCACGAGGCUGGCAAAGAGGUCGUGACGGCGGCUCCGCAGAAGUUUAAGAUCGAUAUUCUGCCGGUGGAUGACGGGACUCCGCGCAUCGUCACCAACCUGGGCCUGCACUGGCUCGAGUACAUGGACAACAAGGCGACCAACCUGAUCAGCCGUAAGGAGCUGCUGACCAUGGACCCGGACACGGAGGACGACCAGCUGGUUUAUGAAAUCACCACGGAGCCAAAGCACGGAUUUCUGGAGAGCAAACUCAAACCUGGCAACCCCAUCACCACAUUCACACAAGCGGACAUAAACCUGGGUCUGAUCCGCUACGUGCUGCGGCCGGAGAACCUGCACGAGACCAUGGACCUGUUCCAGUUCUCAGUGAGGGACAGUAAACCCAACACCGUCACGGACAACGUUUUCCACAUCCAGUGGUCCCUGCUCAGCUUCCAGCACACCAGUUAUAACGUGAGUGAGAAGGCGGGCACGGUGUCGGUGACGGUGAAGCGCACGGGGAAUCUGAACCAGUACGCCGUGGUCCUGUGUCGAACUGAACCCGACUCCGCCUCCUCCUCCUCCUCCUCCAACAACAAACCGGGAACUCAGGACUACGUGGAGUACGCCGGGCAGGUCCAGUUCGACGAGCGCGAGGACACCAAAGUCUGCACCGUCAUCAUCAACGACGACCAGGUGUUCGAGGGCGUGGAGCGGUUCAGGGUGGAGCUGAGCAUGCCCGUCUACGCCCUGCUCGGACCCAACGCCCGCGCCGUGGUCAACAUCAACGACACGGAGGACGAGCCCAGGCUGCAGUUCGACCAGAAGACCUACCACGUGAACGAGAGCGCCGGCUUCGUGCACGCGCCCGUCCAGAGGAAAGGUGACCCGUCCAGCACCGUCUCCGCUCUCUGUUACACCGUCCCGAAGUCGGCUCAGGGCUCCAGUCUGACGGGCCUGGAGUCCGGCUCGGACUUUAAGACCCGGGGAAUGACCGGCGCCAACCGCGUGGUGUUCGGGCCCGGCGUCUCCAUGACGACCUGCGACGUGAAGCUGAUCGACGACAGCGAGUACGAGCUGUCGGAGGAGUUCGAGCUGGUGCUGUCGGACGCCUCGGACAACGCCCGACUCGGGGACGUGCCGGUCGCCAAAGUGGUGAUCGACGGGCCCAACGACGCCUCCACCGUCUCCCUCGGCAACGCCACCUUCACCUUCAACGAGGACGCAGGCACCAUCGAGAUCCCCGUGCUGCGUCAGGGCAGCGACCUGUCCUCUCUCACCUCCGUGUGGUGCGCCGCCCGCCCGUCCGACCCGCCCUCCGCCAGCCCCGGGGUCGACUACAUCCCCAGCUCCAAGAAGGUCCAGUUCAAACCCGGGAUCACACAAGAGACGUGCAGCCUGACCAUCGUGGACGACCUGCAGUCCCCGGUCAUCGAAGGCCCCGAGUCGUUCGUGGUGUUCCUCAGCUCUCCGCAGGGGGCGGUGCUGCAGGAGCCGUACGAGGCCAGCGUGGUCAUCCAGGACACCUUCUUGGACAUUCCCAGUAUGCAGUUUGAGAAAACGUCUUUCACGGUGAAGGAGAGAGACUCCGUGUUAAACCUGCCGGUGGUUCGGAGCGGAGACUUGUCCUUUAAAUCGUCGGUGCGAUGUUUCACCCGCACGAUGUCGGCCGCCGUCAUGGACGACUUCGAGGAGAGACCCAACACGGACCAGUCCAGGAUCACCUUCCUCAAAGGAGAGAGGGUGAAAAACUGCACGCUGCACAUCGUCGACGACUCGGUGUUUGAGCCGGACGAGCAGCUGCAGGUGCACCUGGGCUCUCCUCUGGGGGAGCACUGGAGCGGGGCCAUGGUGGGGACCAGCGACGUCGCCACGGUGACCAUCUCCAACGACGAGGACGCCCCCACCAUAGAGUUCGAGCAGGCGUCCUACCAGGUCCGAGAGCCCCCGGGUCCAGACGGGGUCCAGGUCCUCAACGUGAAGGUGGUCCGACGAGGAGACCUGGACCGGACCUCCAAGAUCCGCUGCAGCACCCGGGACGGAUCGGCCCAGUCCGGAGUGGACUACAACCCCAACAGCCGCGUGCUCCGCUUCACCCCAGGAAUGGACCACAUCGUUUUCAAGGUGGAGAUCUUGUCCAACGAGGACCGGGAGUGGCACGAGUCCCUGUCCUUGGUCCUCGGUCCCGACGACCCGGUGGAGGCGGUGCUCGGAGACAUCACCGUGGCAACAGUGACCAUCCUGGACCAGGAAGCAGCGGGCAGCCUCAUCCUCCCCGCCCCGCCCAUCUGGGUGAAGGAACCCGAGGCCGGUGGCCAACCCAAAGCACCUUUGAAGUGGGAAGUGAACACCAACGGAGCCCGGUCCCCGUUUGAGACGGUCACCGACACUACUCCCUACACCAGUGUCAAUCAUAUGGUGCUGGACAGUAUCUACUUCUCUCGGCGGUUCCACGUGCGCUGCGUGGCUCAGGCUCGGGAUAAGGCCGGACACCUGGGGACCCCCCUGAGGAGCAACAUCGCCACCGUGGGGACGGAGGGCGCCAUCUGCCACACGCCGGUCACCACGGGAACGGCACGAGGCUUCCAGGCGCAGUCCUUCAUCGCCACGCUCAAGUACCUGGACGUCAAGCACAAAGAGCACCCCAACAGGAUCCACAUCUCGGUGCAGAUUCCUCACCAGGACGGGAUGCUGCCCCUGGUGUCCACUCUGCCCCUUCACAACCUGCACUUCCUCCUGUCCGAGUCCAUCUACAGACAACAGCACGUCUGCUCCAACCUGGUCACGCUCAGCGACCUGCAGGGAAUCUCUGAGUCCGGUUUCCUGGACGACGUCUCGUUCGACAGCAUCUCUCUGGGCCCCGGGUACGACCGGCCGUACCAGUUCAACCCGAGCGUCCGUGAGCCCAGGACUCUGCAGCUCUACAAACACCUGAACCUGAAGAGCUGCAUCUGGACCUUCGACGCCUUCUACGACAUGACCGAGCUCAUCGACGUGUGCGGCGGCUCCGUCACCGCCGACUUCCAGGUACGUGACUCCGCCCAGUCCUUCCUGACCGUGCAGGUUCCUCUGUACGUGUCCUACAUCUACGUGACGGCUCCUCGGGGCUGGGCGUCUCUGGAGCACCACACAGAGAUGGAGUUCUCCUUCUUCUACGACACCGUGCUCUGGAGGACAGGUAUCCAGACCGACAGUGUCCUCUCCGCCCGACUCCAGAUCAUCAGAAUCUACAUCCGAGACGACGGGCGCCUGGUCAUCGAGUUCAAAACACACGCCAAGUUCAGAGGCCAGUUUGUGCCGGAGCACCACACCCUGCCCGGGCACAAGUCUCGUCUCAUGGCCCCGGAUCAUUUGGGGGGAAUGGAGUUUGACCUGCAGCUGCUGUGGAGCGCUCAGAGCUUCGACUCGCCGUACCAGCUGUGGAGGGCCACCAGCUCCUACAGCAGGAAGGACUAUUCCGGGGAGUACACGGCGUUCCUCAUCCCGUGUACGGUCCAGCCCACUCAGCCCUGGAUCGACCCUGGAGACAAACCUCUGUCCUGCACGGCCCACGCUCCAGAGAAGUUCCUGGUGCCCAUCGCGUUCCAGCAGACGAACAGGCCCGUGCCCGUGGUCUACUCCCUCAACACGGAGUUUCAGCUUUGUAACAACGAGAAAGUGUUUCUGCUGGACCCCAGCUCCAACGACGUGUCUGUCAACGAGAUGGACUACAAGGGAGCCUUCUCUAUGGGUCAGACUCUGUACGGCAGAGUGCUGUGGAAUCCCGAGCAGAACCUGAACGCGGCGUACAGACUGCAGCUCGAGAAGGUUUAUCUGUGCACGGGCCGAGACGGAUAUGUGCCUUUUUUUGACCCCACGGGGACACUGUACAACGAGGGCCCCCAGUACGGCUGCAUCCAACCCAACAAGCACCUCAAGUACCGCUUCCUGCUGCUGGACCGUAAGCAGCCCGAGGUGUGCGACAGAUAUUUCCACGACGUUCCCUUCGAGGCUCACUUUGCGUCGGAGAUCCCGGAGCUGCAGUCCAUGAGCUCCAUGCCCGGAGUGGACGGCUUUACCAUGAAGGUGGACGCGCUGUAUAAGGUUGAGGCGGGGCAUCAGUGGUACCUCCAGGUGAUCUACGUCAUCUCCCCCGACUCUCACAAAGGCUCCAGAGUCCAGCGCUCCGUCACCUACCAAAUCCAGCCCCAAAUCCAGCCCCAAGCUCCACCUGAGACCCUGCCAGAGUCCCAGUCCUGGUCCAGACGCAGACGAGACCUGGUGGACCGCUCCGGCAAACUCACGCUGGACGAAUCCUUGAUCUACGACAACGAGGGCGACGCGGUGAAGAACGGCACCAACAUGAAGUCCCUGCGGCUGGAGAUCAUCCCGUCGGCCUCGUACACGGCGCACGUGGGCAAGUCCGUGGGCGGUAGCGUCGCCGCGGUGACCGUGCUGAUGCUCGCCGUUUUGGCGGCCGGGUUCGUGUUCAGGAAGUGCCGGAAAGCGCAGCAGGCCAAGCAGGCGCAGAAGAACUACGAAGAGUACCCGCUGAACACCAAAGUGGAGGUGUGCCUGGACAAGUGCGUGGAGAAGAACUUCGGGAGCAGGCACUGCACCGUGAGGAACGUCAAUGUUCUGAACCGCAGCCAGGACAAAGCCAAGGUCAAGCAGGUGAACUUAGAGGUCAAACUUCGGAACAACCUGAACGAUGGGACCGAGGUUUAA